GAAAAGUGAUUAGAUUGGUAUUGAAUUGAACAUAUCAUCCACCACCACUAGCAUUUAAUUUAACAUUUAACAAUUAACACCACCAUUUGUGUCUUUAGUUUCUUCCUUCCAAAUGUUUGGUCUGCUAGCGCUUUAAGGAGCCAAAUCCGGAAUCGAGGAACAUUGUGUUGAAUCCUUUGUUCAAACCUAACCAAACAUUAAAAAAAUAAAAACAAAAAAUAAAAAUUACACACACAGAAGAAAGAAAGAAAGAAAGAAGAAUAGAACAAAAGAAAAAGCUUAUUAGAGAGACAUUGGUACUAAAUAACCUUUUCUCUCCUUUCCCCAUCAAUCCAACAGUUUCAUUCAUACACUUCCUUUUCCUUUUUCUUCUUUUCUUUUCUCUAUUCCUUCCAAAAUCUGAAAUACCCCAUUUCACAAAACUAAAGAAACUUACCCAAAAAAAAAACAACACACAAAACAACAAAGCAUAGAUUUUUCCUUUUAUUUUUCUUUUCCAGGCUUCUGGGUUUGUUUCAGAAAUGGGGUUUUGUUAUUUUUUUGGUUCUGGUGAAGAUUCUGCAUUGUUUGAGAAAUGGGUUUUUGUUAUUUGAUCUGGGUUUUCAUGGAGGAAGGUGAAUAAUGAAGAGAGAGAGAGGAAUGAAUGUUGAAAAAUAGAAUGAGCAAAGAACAGUACGGCAUUGUGAAGGCCUGGGAAUCAAAAGUCCGUAAGUCACAACAAGCGGUUGUAGCAAAGAAGAGGACAAAUAGUUUGUUCACAACAAUGUCUGUAGCUCCAGCUGAUGAUGAUCCAGGUGAAAUUUUCCAUGCUGAGAAGGUUAUCUCCAAUGGUGACUUUUAUACAGGUCAGUGGGCUGAUAACCUUCCUCAUGGUCAUGGUAAGUAUUUGUGGACAGAUGGGUGUAUGUAUGUUGGUGAGUGGUAUAAAGGAAAAACUACUGGGAAAGGCAAGUUUAGUUGGCCUUCUGGUGCCACCUAUGAAGGUGAAUUCAAGAAUGGUUUUAUGGAUGGUAAAGGGACUUAUACAGGUUCCUUAGGUGAUACUUAUAGAGGUUAUUGGGUUAGGAAUUUCAAACAAGGUCAAGGGAUCAAGAGUUAUUCUAAUGGGGAUUAUUAUGAGGGUGAUUGGAAUAGAGGGUUACAAGAUGGUCAUGGGAGAUAUCAAUGGAAGAAUGGGACUCAUUAUGUUGGACAAUGGAGGAAUGGUUUGAUUGAUGGUUGUGGUACAAUGGUUUGGAGUAAUGGAGAUAGGUAUGAUGGGUCUUGGGAAGAGAAUUUGCCUAAAGGGAAUGGAACAUUCAAGUGGGCUGAUGGGAAUUUCUAUGUGGGCACUUGGAGUAAGGACCCAAAAGAACAGAAUGGAACAUAUUAUUACCAAUCUGGAUCUUCAGGGGAAUCUGAUUUUGAUCCAAAUGAGGUUUACAUGGAGUAUUUGAAUGAUUUUAAGAUAAGUUCUUGUGAAAAAAUCCCAGUUUUCCCUUCACAGAAAGUGAUUCCUUGGUCUGCAAAUGAAAGUGAUUUCUUGCAAAAACAGCCCAUUUUCAGGAGAGGAAAUGAUUCAAGUGGGAAGCCUAGGAGGACCUCAGUUGAUGGGAGAGUGAGUAACUAUUGUAGAGAAUCCCCAACUGAUAGCUCUGAUGGAAUUGAAGGGUAUGGAAAUUCUGAGCUGCAGAGUUGCAGAGGCUACAAGCAGAAGCCAUUCAGCUUACAGCCAGUGAAGAAACAAGGGUUGACUAUAGCUAAAGGCCACAAGAAUUAUGAACUCAUGCUCAAUCUUCAGUUGGGAAUCAGGCAUUCAGUUGGAAGGCCUGCUCCAACAACAUCCCUUGAUCUGCGGUCUUCCGCAUUCGAUCCUAAGGAAAAAGUGUGGACCAAAUUUCCUCCAGAAGGAUCCAAAUACACUCCACCACACCAAUCAUGUGACUUCAGAUGGAAAGAUUAUUGUCCUGUGGUUUUCAGGUCUCUGAGGAAACUGUUCAAGGUGGAUCCAGCUGAUUACAUGCUAUCUAUAUGUGGAAAUGAUGCCCUUCGAGAGCUUUCGUCUCCUGGAAAAAGUGGCAGCUUCUUUUACCUAACUAACGAUGAUCGCUACAUGAUAAAGACGAUGAAGAAAGCAGAAGUAAAAGUUCUCUUACGGAUGCUUCCUGCUUACUAUAAACAUGUCCGUGCUUUCGAGAAUACUCUGGUCACCAAAUUUUAUGGCCUUCAUUGUGUAAAAUUAACCGGAGCUACUCAGAAGAAGGUGCGAUUUGUCAUAAUGGGGAAUCUCUUUUGCUCUGAGUAUCACAUUCAUAGGCGCUUUGAUUUAAAAGGUUCUUCUCACGGACGCUUGACCGAUAAACCAGAGGCAGAAAUUGAUGCAACAACAACUCUCAAAGAUCUUGAUCUCAAUUACAUAUUCCGCCUACACAAUGUUUGGUUUCAAGACUUUUGUCGGCAAGUAGAUAGAGAUUGUGAUUUUCUUGAGCAAGAAAGGAUUAUGGAUUACAGCUUAUUGGUUGGACUUCACUUUCAAGAAGCUUCAUAUCAGGAACCGCUCACACCCGAAGAGCAAGCUGCUGGAAUCAAUACUCCUCCUGGUUAUUUCUUGGCAUCUAGGUUUGGAGAUCUUGACAAUCAAGCUAACCCUUGCACGUCCAGAGCCGAUAUUGAUCAGCUUAUUUCAGACCCUACUCGGUUGGCUUCGGUUAGGUUAGGUAUUAGCAUGCCAGCACGAGCUGAAAGGACAGCGAGAAGAACUGAUUACGAGACUCAACUGGUUGGAGAACCAACAGGAGAAUUAUACGACAUCAUCCUGUUUUUCGGUAUAAUAGACAUACUACAAGACUAUGAUAUUAGCAAGAAGCUUGAGCAUGCAUACAAAUCGUUCCAAUAUGAUCCAACAUCAAUCUCUGCCGUCGAUCCAAAACAAUAUGCCAAACGCUUUCGUGAUUUCAUCUUCAGAAUUUUUGUAGAAGACACAUGAAAGGUACCAUAUCUUGACCCCAAAACUAUUAACCUUAGCAGCAGCAGCAGUUGCUGGCCAUUCAUGUAUAGUUAUUCAGCAGGAAGCUUCAUCCAUUUUGGUCCUUAACACAGCCACUGCAAAUCGAAAUAUCGUUGCCAGGAGUACAAUGCUUCAGCAGUUUCGGAUUUUGCAUCUUUUUUAAUUUUUUUUCUUUCUCAUCAUCAUUGUUUUUUAAUCUAUAGUUACAGUUAUAUAUAAAUAUAUAUAUGUAUAUGACAUGUUCUAGUGAAAGUAUAGAUCAAAGUCAUAGCCAGAGCCCACUCAAAAGUCAAAACCAUGUUUGUCUAAAAAAAAUUGUAAAUGAGUUUUUUUUCUUUCCCCAGAAAGAAUGAACCUCUCUCUCUGAUGUGAUUCAUUUUGUAUUCAAUUUCAGAUAUUUAUUUGUUUA